GAUUGGCGGGUUGUGACAGGAAUCAUUAGGAAUGAUACAUAUAGUUCAGUGGGACGCAGUUGUCUGUGUAGUGUGUUUCGUCGUAUGUCAAAGCGCGCAACAGGAUUAUAGAAAUAGUAUACGAAAUCUCUCGUGUAUGGGGAGCAACGUCACUUGAAAAGAGUGAAAGGAAAUUCUUAAUUUACAGAAAAAUGGCAUGGCCUGUUGACUCGGGUGCAGAAAAUGACUCACCAGAGUCUGUAGAAGGAAAUGUGACAAGCAGCACAGGUCACUUAAAUGAACUACCAUAUGGCUUACAAAAUUAUGCACAAGGUGCUGUAGGCUUUGCCCCCUCAAAUGAAAGAAGACUAAGCCAGCUUGAUGUGGGGGACCUAAGGAUUUCAAAUCCAUAUAUCAACAGGAUAAGGAAUGGCCGUAGGCAUUCAAUAAGUGACUGUAAUCCAAGUAAUUCUCAACAAUCAUCUGGAAGUAACAAUAACACCAUUGUUCAAAGACAUUCUGUGCCAUGCUGUCACAUUAAUCCUAAUGUGAGGCAUAGUUGUUGCUUCCAUCUUAAUAGACGCCUUUCGCUGCAAAAUUUGAAUAUAAACAGAAGAAAUUCGUUUCCUCAGAACUAUAUUCAUGACUAUCAUAACCCAGAGAGCAGCACAUUUGGUUACACCAACGCUCGUCCAAGCUCCUUUAGUGUAAACCAUUUGUUUCUGUUUUGGAAUGAAAACUUCCAGGCAGAUCGGUACUUGCAACAAGCUGCAUCUGCUGCGGGACCUGAAUUUUUCAUGAGAUUUUUGGCCUCCGAGAUGGAUCGUCAAGGCCUACAAUUCCCUGAUGACAUGUACAGGGACAUAGACCAAAGUGGUGACAUGCCGCCAUCACUCACAUACUUAAUUGAAAGGUUUUCAUCAUCGCUGGAACGAGACAUGAUUUCUUAUCUAGUGCUGAGGAUUCAGUUUCCUCUUGAUUGGAGGUCUUUUUUCGCCAUUGUUGAUGGGAUGAAUAAAGGAACUGCAGGUCUUGAAAGAAUAGUGACAUUAUUCUUUUUUUGUGCUGAUUUGGCUAUAAGAGCUCUUUGUGAGGGCAAUGUUGCUCUCUUUCAUGACAUAGUGUCGUGGACCAUAUUUUAUUUGCGAAGGAGUGAUUCUCUGGUUGCUGCUUCUCCAAAAAGAUCGUCCUACAUCAUUACUUUAACAACAUGCAUAGUUGGUAUAGUAACUCUCAUGUUCUUAAUAAAAAGGAUUUAAUUGCGGAAAAAUGGAAUUGUGCAACUUAUUUUGUAUGUUGUUAUUUAUGUUAAUAUUCUUCUUACAAGUAAGCAUUACUAUGCUCAGAGGUAAAUCUAUUAAAGGAAUUGUUAAUUAUACAAACACUUUAUCACGUGUGUUCCGAAAUACGUUAGUAUGUGAAUAUAGAUCUAAAUUUGGUUUGUAAGGAAUAUACAUAUUAUGUAUGUAGGUAUUAUUCUUUCUUGUGUUUUAAGGAUGUUUAUUUGUUAAAUGUAUUCAUUAAUUUUCUCAAUUUGUAGUAACACUUUUUAAAAAUUUAUUUAAAAAUAAAUAUUAUUGAGACUUUCAACAGUAAUCAGAUUUUUUGUGGAUCAGGUGCAUUUAUUCAGGAAAUGGGUGUGUUUUCUUUUCAGACAGCAGUUGUACUGUUGCAUAAUAGGUAUGGGUUACCUGUAAUCAUCCUUGUAUUGCUUGAGGAUUUCCAAAAGCUUUUAUAAUAUUUUUGUUAAUGAAGAAUUUCUGUGAGAAGUAUAUGCUAAACGUUACUUUUAAUGUUUGGUUAUAAAUAAUUCACUUGUUGGUUGAUUAAGUCUAACACCUCUAUUCACAUAUCAUAACCAGGCUACACCAACCAGUCAGUUUCAGUGGCAAUACUUCGUAUGAAUCUCCUUAUCUCAUAAGUCACAUUUUAUAAAAACACAGUUGCCCACAAUUCAUUAUUAAAGUCAUCACAAAUGUUUUGUGUGGCACUGCUUCUCAGUCCACAGCCACUACUUGUAGAUGGAGUAAACAAUUACUAUUCACAAGAACCAAAUUAGUUCAUUUGACCAGAAAAUUUCUGGCAACAGAAGUAUAGAGUAAAACUUUGAAAUUAAGUGCAUAAAAGUGGACAAUAUUUUGGUCAUACUAAAGACAUAAAUACCAAUUAUCUUUUAAUUUGGUGUCCAAUAAAUUAAAACAUGUUAUUGUAAAGUCUGGAGUGUUGGCUUUCUAAUUGUAAAGUGUCAGUACAGCCAAAACUUCUCAUUAGUUCACUCAAAAUAUAUCAUUUAACAUCAUUAUAAAAGGUUCAAUUACUCACUAUUUCCAAUUAACAAGGUUUACAGUAAAACUAAAUUCUUUUUUGUAAUUGACACCUUGGAAAUUCUCCUAUGAAUACUAAAUUUGUUUGAUAUUAUGAUCUGAAUAAUUUUUGGAUGCAACAUACUAGGCAUACAGGACAUGGGUAACAAAAUUUUGGUGAAAAAAUUAAAUGUUAGUAGUGGCAAAAGUGCAGAGGGACAAGUUUCCAGCUUGUACUGUUUCAACCUGAUGAUUGUAACCAGGUCCAGUGAAACAUUAAACGUGAGAAUUCUGAGUACUGUUAAUAUAGUAUCAAUUAAUUACACCAAGAAAAAUUCUGAAAUUGAA